UGUAGUAAAAUCAGGCCUUUUGUGAAGAAAUGUGGGUGUUUGUAGUUUUGACUCUGCCCUCCAAAGGACUACAACUCCCAGGUUAGAGGAGGGCCCUUCACGUCGAGCGCACGAGCCUCGCACCGUAACAGCAGCAGCUGGUGCAGCCGACGACGUUACUUUGUUAGACCGGAGACACCGGAGAGACACGGACGGGCAGAAUUUCUCGGAAUAGUGCGAACAGUUGGAGGAGAAACGGCGCGACCGAACGCCUGUUGCCGGGAUUUUGCGGUGGCAGGUGUUUUACGAACUUAUCCGCGGAUUUAAACGGUUGUGUUUUCGCCGAGAAAAACGUUGUUUUCUCAAAGUUGAGCCGAAGAGGAGUUCAGGAUGUCGGACUGAGACAAAGGGGUCUGGGGGGCAAUCCCGUCGGAGCGCAGGUAAAACUUGUGUCUGGAAGUCUCCUCUGGAUGGGAAAGAUGGAGAGGGAGUUGCAAUGGUGGAAGGGACAGCUAGCUGCAGAUAUCCAUCAAUCCCUCCGCAUCAAGGAGCUGAAGCUGCCGGUCUAUCGAGCCCACUCCCCUCAGAUUGGCAUGCGACGAUACUUUGCAGACUUGUUGGCCAUCCUGAGUAAUCGCUACCAGCUCUGUCCCACAGCGCGACACCUCGCAGUGUAUCUGCUGGACCUCUUCAUGGACCACUAUGAUGUGGCCGUCAAGCAGCUCUAUGUCAUUGCCCUAUCCUGCCUGCUGCUAGCCAGUAAAUUUGAAGAGAAGGAGGACCGGGUUCCCAAACUGGAGCAGCUGAACUCCCUGGGCUUCAUGUGCAGCCUCAACCUGGUUCUCAACAAAAAGGACCUGAUCAAAAUGGAGCUUCUGCUGCUCGAGACCUUUGGCUGGAACCUGUGCAUGCCCACCCCCGCCCACUUUAUUGACUACUACCUCCACGCCUCGGUGCAGGAAGGCGACCUGUACAACGGCUGGCCCCUCUCUUCCCUUUCAAAGACCAAGGCCUUCAUGGACAAAUACACUCACUACUUCCUGGAAGUGUCACUGCAGGACCACGCCUUCCUGAGUUUCAGACCUUCUCAGGUUGCUGCUGCGUGUGUGGCAGCAUCUCGCAUUUGCCUUCAGAUUUCCCCUAGCUGGACCACUGCCCUGCACCUACUAACAGGCUACACCUGGGACCACCUCACCCAGUGCAUUGAACUCAUGCUGCUUGCUCAUGACAACGAUGUUAAGGAGGCCAACAAGACCAAAUCCACUCCUCCUCACAGACCCUCCUCUCUGCAGUCGCAGCCUCAGGCAACUCACCUUUCUCCGGUAUCAGCCAUCCAGAGACCAACUUCUUCUUCCUCCUCCACCUCCUCCACACCUCAGCUGCUCUUUCAACCGGACGCCUUCCCUCACCUUUCUCAGCAUUCCCCAUCCCUCUCCCAGCUGCAGGCGCUUGCUGACUCCCAAGCUCUGGGGUCAGUGGUGAACAUGUCUCAGGACUUUCUUCAGAGCCACAGGAUGGGGCUCCUCACUGCGGCUCCCUCCAUGACUCCUGCAGGCGGGUUCCCAUCCUACCCAAGCCUGACCUCCACUCUCCAACCAGUGGCGCGAGGGUUGCCCCUUCAGGGCCCCAUUUCAGUGCAGAUGGCCCUCACAGGAGAGCCGCGCCACUGUCUGAGCAUGGCCUACAGCGGGGCCUACCUGGGGGCUCAUCACACCUUUGCAGCCGGCUGCUUCGACAGGUGACGCCAGGAGACGGAGAGAGAACACAAACCCCUGCAGGACUGCACUGCCAUGCUUCUGUCCAAAGUCCCCACCCCUAAAUACCCUUUCUCAGACCUCCUCUCUCUCUCCGUCAGUUCCGCUACACCUCGUUCGGUUGUCCCGUCCCUCUCCCAGAGACGCCUCAAACGCAAGCAGAGAUCAAAGGGCAAGACAGACCCGCUGGAAGUCAUCACACUGACAUGACCAAGGCUCCACUGACUGAAUCAUUACUGCCGUAUUCCGGACUCGUUUUAUCAAAGUGUGUUAUUAUGAGCCUGUCGUCACUGUGAGAUGAAGGCAGCAGUGUGAUUCAACACCCACCUCAUUCAGUGCCUCAUCUCAGUUGUGUAAUAGCAGAGCCAAUUUUAGAAUGGCACAGAGCACAAAGUAUCUGUAGUAAGGAUGUAUUUGCUGCUUGACAUAUUUUUGCUUUUAAUUUCUAAUCCCAAAAAUUGAACUCAUUAUAGAGAGGAGAAAUUGGCCUAGUAUUAUCAUGUCUUUAUCCAACAUUUAUGUGAGAUAGAUAAUGAGAGUUUUUAAAAAAAAAAUGUAAAUCCUGUAGACUCUGUCCGAGCUGAAGUACUCAGCUCAUGCAUGGCUGCAGUGUUUCAUUUUUUCUCACUCCCCCCCCCCCCCCCCCCCUCCUGUCUGUCCUCUUCAUCUCAUCUUUCUCAUGCCCAAAGUCGAGCCUCGUGGUAGAGCCGUCACAGCACCCCCCCCCCCCAGCUGGACACAUGGCUCUACAAGCUUUGUCAAACUAAAGUUUUAAUGUCACUGUCUCUGGCAUCACUCAAAGAAUUGAACAUACACUGAUGUGACUUGACCAGCAAGGUGAAGGAGACGUGGACGUCGGUUGUGUAUUGUACAUAUGAAUUGCUGCUGCCUUCUAAUGAACUGUUGGUUCUGUGUCUGUGUUAAUGACUCCAAUGUUUACAUGAACCACUAAGUAUCAGGGACUUGAACAAGAUUACUUGAAUAUAAUGCCAUUGAAACAUGCCAUAGCUUUUUAUUUAUGAUAUCUUUCUUUUUCAAUUUGUUUCUUUGAUUUAGUGUAGCUUUUUAUACCAGCUUAGAAACACACCAUUGAUUAGUUAUUUUUGUACCUGUUCAUAGAAACUGUGUAUUCAGGCUCAGGUUUCAAGGCUGAAAAUAGCAGCCUUCUCAUUAUUCUCUGCUAUUAUGCUUUAAAGUGGAUGCUACUGCAGCAUCUGUGGAGUCUGGCGUAUUCUCCUUCCUCAUCACUGGACCAUACUCUGCAUACAAGUCAGUUACUGAGAGCAUGAAACCGUGUGUUUGCUUGGUGGUGGAAAAACCUCGUGGUCACUGGUUUAAAGCAGACAUCUGUACUCAGUCCACAGUAAUUGCUUCUCAGAUUUCUAAAGCUGCAAUCUGUCUCUUCCUGUUCAAGUAUAAACACAUCCAGAUUGGGUUGCAAGCUGGUUACCAUGGUGAUACCUGAAAUGAUUGCAGAAAAUUAGGAUGGCUGUUGAGGGUGUGUGAGGGUUAAUUUUCUCCACUCAUUAGUCAAAGAAGAAAUUAUUAGGUAUUAUUUCACACAGCUCCUUUCAUCUGGCCUGCUGUCAGAAACCCAAAGAGAUCAAGUUUGAUUUGAAACAAAAGAAAAACAGCAUGAUGUGACAUUUGAGAAGCUAACCAGAGAAUUUUGAGCAUUCUCGUCUGAAAAAAUUCUUAAUGCGACGAAUUGCUGUCAGUUAACAAACCACUCUUACUAAAUGUUGUCGCUCUCCAGUGGACGUCACCCUGAAGAAGAAUGCUGACUGAUCAAACAUAUAAAGCUGCUCAGUGUUGAGGAAACUGUGAGCUUAAUUUAUGAAAUCUUUCAUUCUUGACUGAAGUCUGAAAGUUAGGAAUUAAACUACUGUGGAAGUUGGACUUCUUCUCCAUGACGUGCCUCUUUCCCCAAAUCGUACAUUUACCCGGAAACUUGUGUGUUUCUCAGAAAAAAAGUACAUGAAGCCUUCUGAAGCUGUAAUACUGAAACUGUUACUUUGUCAAACCACAAAACCUUUUGAUUUUCAGCCACUGAAAAGGACAUGUUGAUAUUCUGCUCAGUGAUCUUGAACUAUGAAACUAUGCCUUUGAAUUCUUUAUGUACAGUUUUUUUUUCAUUCCCUUUGUGUAUUUUAGUUUGAUUUUGUGAUUCUCCUAAUGAAUGCUGUUGGUGUGAUAUCUUUUUUUUUUUUUUUUUUCCUCUUUUUGCUCCUAACUAACAAGCAACUUCUCACUGGUGCAAUACUUGUUUUUGUCCUCUCUGUUACAACAGCCAACAGCCAUCACUGUCUCAUGUUCACCACUGGUUCAUCAUUUGUAACUUAUUUUUGGAGAAUUGUGUGAUUUCACUUGAUCUCCUGCAGAGGGCAGUGUGCUCUGAACACAAUGAAUAUGUUGCAUAUUGCAGCCGCCUCCUUCGAGUGGAAGAUAUGACUGAAUACAUUUUUUUUUUUUUUUUUAGCUAUUUAGAGAUUUUCUGUGCAUUCCCCCUCUGCUGAAAGGUCACUUGUCUAAUGUAAUGAUGAAAAGACACCACAAACUUCCAAUUUAUAUUUUUAUAUUAUUUUGUACCAACUUGUAGUCUUGGAUAAUGUGACACUGAAUGAUGGAAGGAAUCCUUUUAUCACAGUGUGCCAUGGAAAAAAUAAACACACAAUUGAACAGAG